CCAAAUAGUGGAUAUGGCCCAAAUGGCUCCUCGGCCCUCUGAGAUGAGCAGGCCGUAAACAGCUUAGACGUGGGAUUUCACGAGGUCAGCUUUUCGGGCCCCCUGUUGGUGCCCCUGGGCGGCCGUGGCCGGGCCUUUGAUGCGGCCAAGGCCUGGAUAAACUAUUAAAAUAAACAUGGCCCCCAUUCCAACUCUGUCCACGGAGCCUCCCUGCCGAGUAGAUCACUUCUCUUGUAUCAUUCCGACCUUCCCUAUUAACCCGGCCUCGCGCCGACCACACUCCUUGAAAGAACACCAGUCGCUCCUUUGCAUCUCUCAUUCUCACCUUCACCUUCACCAUGGUCCGCUCUAUCCGUGGUGUUUCGCAGGCGGCCGCCGCGGUAGUUUUGGGCGCGGCCGGUCUUGCUCAGGGCCUGACCACCGAGGAAUGGCAGGCUCAGUCCAUCUACCAGGUCCUGACGGACCGUUUCGCUCUGCCGGAUGGCGACUCCAACGCUGCCUGCAACGACCUCGGCACCUUCUGUGGCGGAACCUGGACGGGCAUCAAGAACCAGCUGGACUACAUCCAGAACAUGGGCUUUACCGCGGUGUGGAUUUCCCCCAUUGUCAAGAACAUCCAGGGCGGCACCAGCCUCGGGGACGCCUACCACGGCUUCUGGGCUCAGGACAUUUACUCUCUGAACGAGCAUUUCGGCACUGAAGAUGAUCUUCUUGCCCUGUCCGAGGAGAUCCACAAGCGCGGCAUGUACCUGAUGAUCGACGUGGUCACCAACCACAUGGCGUUCCCUGCCGACAUGUCGUCGUGCGACUAUACCCAGGCGACCCCUUUCAACGCCGCCUCGUAUUACCACGACCCCUGCGUCAUCAACGACGACGAUCCCGAGACCGUCAUCAAGUGCUGGGAGGGCACCUCCGGGGUCUCCCUGGCCGACCUGCGCACCGAGGACGCCAAUGUGCGCGACAUCUGGAAGAGCUGGAUUGCCGACAUUGUCACCAAGUACAAGAUCGACGGGCUUCGUCUCGAUACCACCAAGCACGUCGAGAAGGACUUCUGGGAGGAGUUCCUCGCCUCCGCUGGCGUCUUCGGUACCGGCGAGAUCCUCAAUGGCGACCCAAAGACUUUCCCCGGGUGGAUCAGCGAUGUUCCUGGAUUCGUCAACUACCCUGCAUACUUCUGGCUCACCCGCGCCUUCGCGUCCAGCUCGGCCACCCUGUCCGAGCUCGUCACUGGCAUCAACGAGAUGAAGUCGCUCAUGAAGACCAGCACCUUCUCCUCUUUCCUUGAGAACCACGACAACCCCCGCUUCUCCUCGCUGACCCAGGACAUCACCCUCGCAAAGAACGCCCUGGCCUUCUCCAUGCUGAUGGACGGCAUCCCAAUCAUCUACCAGGGCCAGGAGCAGUGGCAGGAGUUCACUGGCACCGAGGCCCCCUACAACCGCGAGCCCAUGUGGACCUCGAGCUACAACACCACCUCUGAGCUGUACUCGUGGGUCUCGACCCUCAACAGCGCCCGCUCGCUGGCCAUCUCCCAGGACCCCACCGCAUACAUCGCCUACCAGGCCAACCCGAUCUGGAGCGACGACCACACCGUCGCGAUGAAGAAGGCCGACGUCGUCACUAUUGCCACCAACGUCGGCGAGGCCGGCAACGUCGGCGCCAUCUCGCUCCCCGCCAGCUCCACCGGCUACAUCGCCGGCCAGGUCUACGUUGAUCUCGUCAGCUGUGCCAGGUACACGGCGGGCACUGACGGUGGCAUCUCUGUGACCAUGAAGGCCGACCCGAUUGUGCUCUACCCCCAGUCGAGGCUGAGCGGCAGCAACAGCACCCUCUGCGCCUAAUUCAACGUCUAACGGACAAGAACCGCUCGAGUCGGAGCAGAAUAGUUUAGACAGAUUUCUAUACCUAAUAGACUACCAUGAAUACUUG